GAUGCAGUAGAUCUCUGCAAGCAUAAACCGAUUUUUCAACAGAAUUGAUUUUAAUUGGAUGAAAUGGGAGCAGGAGAAUCCAGACCACCUCCACGUCAACCUUCACCUCCACCUCCCAAACUCGAAUUUGAUCAACCAUGGAGGAAAAUGCCUUGGGGAAAAAAAGAUGAAGUUAAACAGAAACUGAGGACAUUUAGGAUCAAGGGAUCAAGUGCUCAGUUUGUCAGGAUUCUGGUUGUUGGAGAAGUCGGAGCAGGAAAGUCCAGUUUUAUAAACUCUGUUAAUAAUGCUUUCCAAGGACGAAUCACCUCAGGGGCUCUUGUUGAUAGGACAGGUGGAACCAGUUUCACAAAAAAGUACAAAACCCAUUUUAUUGAAGCAGAGGAUGGAUCCCAUUUGCCUUUUGUCUUUAAUGAUGUCAUGGGACUUGAAGACAAAGAAACUGGUGCAAAUGCAGAGGACAUCAUAAAAGCCAUAGAUGGGUUUCUUCAGGAAGAAUUCAAUUUUGAUCGUACAUCCUCCAUGUCUGAGAAGGACCUUGGCUACAGAAGCAACCCAAGUGUUGAGGAUCAAGCCACCUGCCUGGUCAACAUUAUUGCUGCAGACAAAAUAUCAUUAAUGAAUGAUGGGGUCAUUGAUAAGCUGAAAAACAUCCGUCAGGCAGCUACAGAUCGGGGCAUUCCUCAAGUAAUCAUCAUGACAAGAACAGAAUUAGCAUGCCCACUGGUUCAAUGGGACAUAAAGAAGAUCUACACCAGCAAGAAGAUCAAAGAGAAGAUGGAAGUGUGUAGUAAUCAGCUUGGGAUUCCCAUGAAUAACAUCUUCCCUGUGAAGAACUACAAUGAGGAGAUAGACACAGAUGAUGACAUGGAUCUUCUGAUACUCAAGGCACUUGACCAGAUUGUAAACAAUGCUGCUGACUUGUUGAAGAAACAAUCCUUUAACUCUGGUGUAAAUACUAAUUCUUCAGAAUUUGAUCAACCAUGGAGGAAAAUGCCUUGGGGAAAAAAGGACCAAAUUGAACAGAAACUGAGGAGUUUCAGGCUCAAAGGAUCAAGUGCUCGGUUUGUCAGGAUUCUGGUUGUUGGUGAAGUCGGAGCAGGAAAGUCCAGUUUUAUAGACUCUGUUAAUAAUGCUUUCCAAGGACGAAUCACCUCAGGGGCUCUUGUUGAUAGGACAGGUGGAACCAGUUUCACAAAAAAGUACAAAACCCAUUAUAUUGAAGCAGAGGACGGAUCCCAUUUGCAUUUUGUCUUUAAUGAUGUCAUGGGACUUGAAGACAAAGAAACUGGUGCAAAUGCAGAGGACAUCAUAAAAUCUAUAGACGGGUUUCUUCAGGAAGGAUUCAAUUUUGAUCGUACAUCCUCCAUGUCUGAGAAGGACCUUGGCUACAGAAGCAACCCAAGUGUUGAGGAUCAAGCCACCUGCCUGGUCAACAUUAUUGCUGCAGACAAAAUAUCAUUAAUGAAUGAUGGGGUCAUUGAUAAGCUGAAAAACAUCCGUCAGGCAGCUACAGAUCGGGGCAUUCCUCAAGUAAUCAUCAUGACAAGAACAGAAUUAGCAUGCCCACUGGUUCAAUGGGACAUAAAGAAGAUCUACACCAGCAAGAAGAUCAAAGAGAAGAUGGAAGUGUGUAGUAAUCAGCUUGGGAUUCCCAUGAAUAACAUCUUCCCUGUGAAGAACUACAAUGAGGAGAUAGACACAGAUGAUGACAUGGAUCUUCUGAUACUCAAGGCACUUGACCAGAUUGUAAACAAUGCUGCUGACUUGUUGAAGAAACAAUCCUUUAACUCUGGUGUAAAUACUAAUUCUUCAGAAUUUGAUCAACCAUGGAGGAAAAUGCCUUGGGGAAAAAAGGACCAAAUUGAACAGAAACUGAGGAGUUUCAGGCUCAAAGGAUCAAGUGCUCGGUUUGUCAGGAUUCUGGUUGUUGGUGAAGUCGGAGCAGGAAAGUCCAGUUUUAUAGACUCUGUUAAUAAUGCUUUCCAAGGACGAAUCACCUCAGGGGCUCUUGUUGAUAGGACAGGUGGAACCAGUUUCACAAAAAAGUACAAAACCCAUUAUAUUAAAGCAGAGGAUGGAUCCCAUUUGCCUUUUGUCUUUAAUGAUGUCAUGGGACUUGAAGACAAAAAAUCUGGUGCAGAUGCAGAGGACAUCUUCAGAGCUAUAGACGGGUUUCUUCAGGAAGGAUUCAAUUUUGAUCAUACAUCCUCCAUGUCUGAGAAGGACCUUGGCUACAGAAGCAACCCAAGUGUCGAGGAUCAAGCCACCUGCCUGGUCAACAUUAUUGCUGCAGACAAAAUAUCAUUAAUGAAUGAUGGAGUCAUUGAUAAGCUGAAAAAAAUCCGUGAAAAAGCUACAGUUCAGGGCAUUCCUCAAGUAAUCAUCAUGACAAGACCAGAAUUAGCAUGCCCACUGGUUCACCGGGAUAUAAGGAAGAUCUACACCAGCAAGAAGAUCAAAGAGAAGAUGGAAAUGUGCAGUAAUCAGGUGGGGAUUCCUAUGAGUCACAUCUUUCCUGUGAAGAACUACCAUGAGGAGAUAGACACAGAUGAUGACCUGGAUCUUCUGAUUCUCAAGGCACUUGAUCAGAUUGUGAACAUGGCUGCUGACUUGUUGAUGGACCAAUCCUUUAACUCUAGUGAAAUAACUGAAUAAAGACUCACAAAGCAUCAGUGAAUUUAAUGUAACCCAAAUUUCUUUACACAACAUUUAAAAACCAUUGUAUUAGACACAGCUACUGCUAAAUGGAGAAGAGUACCAAGUAUGCAUUGCUAAAAUAAAUGUAAGGUUAUAUUCUGUAUUUUUGGAGAACAAUAGAUUAUUUUACUUUAGUUACAGUUAGAAAGUUAAUAAAGCCUAAAAUAUAACCAUGGAAUUCUUAUAAAUAUUAAUCUUACCAUUAAAAAUAAAGCUCUUACCAGAAGAACAAAACUAAGUUUAGUUAAGUUGUCUAUUUAAGUAAUAUAAAUUUUAAGGAAAUCGCUGUGUCAACUAGCCAUAAUUUCAUUUUUUCAAAAGAGAUCUAAAAUUAAAAAUAAAUACUGAUCAGAUGUCAGGACUCUAUCAUCAGGGUUUUAGCAAACUAUAAACAAAUGGUUCAAUAUACUGAUAACGAUGUAACUAAAUGUGCAAAUGUCACGUGAGCCAAAAUUGCCCAACUAUGAGAAAGUUUUGUUGUGAUGAAGUAAUACUAUUACCAGAAUGUCUAACGUCAGUCUCAGUGUUGUCAUGCAGAGAGACUGAACACCGGAGGGAGCUCUCUCCCGAAUUCUAAUCACUCAUUUCCGGUUCCCAUGCACAUAAAAGAGACUCAUUCACUUCAUUCUAUGCAAAGUAUCAUUCCUUAGAGUAUAUACCAAGCCUUGCUUUUCAUUGUCUUGAGAUUGUCUGUGUUUUGACCUAGUUUUUGUGACCUUGUUUUUGCGAUUUCUGCCCUUAUGAUUUGGAUUUGUCUCUGCUUUCUGAUUUCCUGGUUUUGACCUGUUUGCUAUGUUUUUUGACCACGUUUUUGCUUGCUGUGUUUGG